AGCUAGCUGCGUGCUACUAAAUGGUGGCCUAUCUAUUAUGAUGAUAGUGAUAUUCAUACAAUAUAACAGUAACCACUUCAUUAAAAACACAAAUUAAGCCACCACAACUAUCUUAUAAAUUAUAAUAAUAGAUUAUAAUAACCACAACUACGUACAAUUUGUAUGUAUAUAUCCAUUAACGUAAGAGCAGCUGAGAUUAUCGGAAAGAUCAGUUGGUGGAUUCAUCGGCGGCAGCCUGGACCUUGAUUAGUAAGUUGCGACAUGAAAGAUUGUAAAAAAGGAUCGUCGUUGUCGUCGUCUAUACCAGUAAAGCCAUGCAACUUUUUCAUCUGUUCCACUCUUCUUCUUAUUUUUCUCUUCUUCUCCGGCUUUGCUUUCUCCACUAGUCGCCUCUUCUUCCUAGGGUUUUGUCCACGGCUGGUGACGACGUGGAGUGCAUCUGCGAUGGGAGUGAUCCCCGGCGAUACACCGGAGAAUUCAGUGGUGUCAAUUCCAGAAGCCGUCAUUUCGCCGGACGAGGCGCUCUUUUUCCUAAAAUACCCUUCUUCAACCCGGUUAUUUACAAAAGAUGAGCUUGACUGCGUUUACACGUCUCCAGAUUCAUAUUCUUCGCCGGCUCCUCCAAAGUCAGUUGACGAUGAGUACUCGGGCCGCCAGAUCGUAAGGUGCCAGCCUCCUCCACGUGGCAGCUCUCAGGUCUCCCUCGCCGUGAAAAAGACGAGGAGAGAUAACCAGCUUCCAGCACUAUCACUAGCAGGGCCCACAUACAGGUGGGACUCACUGGCGUACGAGGCAAUGAUCGACUGGGACAAUACCACAGUUGUGUUUGUGAAGGGCUUUAAUCUAAGGGGUGGGAAGGUUUCUGACCCCACCAAAUUUAGAUGCGUGUACGGUUGGGAUUUCAAGAACCCAAAAUUCAUGCUACAUUCAUACGUCGUAUCCGUUGCCCAGGAAAUCGUACGGUGUAAAACACCUUUGAGCGUACUGAACAGCCCGCACAGAUUCGGAAUUAAGGUUUCAGUUAGAAAGGUUGGGAAGGGACCAUUGGACUCCAUAGCCCGGCCCCAAGUUAGGCUAAAACCCAGCCCGAAGGAUAGGAAAGAGCACCAAAUGUGCGUGUGUACCAUGUUAAAGAAUCAAGCUCGAUUCUUACGAGAAUGGAUAAUGUACCAUGCUGAGAUAGGGGUGCAACGAUGGUUCAUCUACGACAACAAUAGCGACGACAACAUUGAAGACAUACUAGGGGAACACACUGCUACUGCUCAUAAUUAUAACAUUUCACGACAUGUGUGGCCUUGGAUCAAAAGUCAAGAGGCCGGGUUCGCACAUUGUGCGCUUCGGGCAAGAGACUUGUGCGAGUGGGUCGGGUUUAUAGACGUGGAUGAGUUCUUUUAUUUGUCUAAAAACACGUCAAUACAAGAGGUUUUGAGACGGCAAGGUAGCGGCAUUGCUGAGUUACGUGUACCGUGUCAUAGCUUUGGUCCGUCGGGGCUCAAAGAGGUCCCUAUAAAAGGUGUCACGGUCGGGUACACGUGUCGACUGGCUUACCCGGAGAGGCAUAAGAGCAUAGUGAGACCGGAGGCAUUGGAUCCGACAUUGAUGAACGUGGUGCACCAUUUUCGGCUGAGCCAAGGAUACAAAUCUGGCAACAUAGAUAGAAAUGUGAUGGUGGUGAACCACUACAAGUACCAGGUUUGGCAAGUGUUCAAGGAGAAGUUUCAUAGGAGGGUGGCUACAUAUGUGUCGGACUGGCAACAAGAUCGAAAUGCAGGGUCUAAAGACCGUGCGCCGGGGUUAGGAACCAGAGCGGUUGAGCCGGCAGACUGGCACACCCGGUUUUGUGAGGUUACAGACAACGGCCUAAGGGAUCAGGUCCUGCGGACAUUCACCGACCCAAUCAACCGCAGGUUGCCAUGGCAAGAAGAUGAGCAACAAGACUAGAUAGAGCUUUUGCAAUCACAAAUCUGUUCUGUAAUAAGCCAUUAGUAAAGAUACCAGGUAGAUUCUGCAUUUAUAUGUGAAAGAUAUAAGUCAGUACAGCACAAUUAUAUUGUCCUAACAUGCAAACUGAUUGAUUACAUGGAUUAGUGAGAAAAAAAAAAAACAAAAAAACAAGUAAUCCGCUAGUUCAACUCAUUUAUCAUGGCAAAAUUUUGGCAUGAAACUAUGAAAUCCUAAUACAACAUACAUGAAUUAUAUUGAA